GGAAGCGGGCGCAGGGUCCCGCGUGCCACCAUGGCCGCGGCCUUCAGCAGCGAUGGGGAGGCUGCGCUGCGGCGGGAGCUGCGCGCGGCCGUGGCCGCGGCACCGCGGAGCGACCUCGAUGGCUUCUACGAGAUGGGCCGGGCCGCCGCCUUCAUACGGGAUGGAGGGUUCCGCAAGGUCGCCCUGCAGUUCCCUGAUGAGCUCCUGGCAGACGCAGUGCAGGUGGCAGGCGGGCUGGAGGCAGCCACAGGGGCCGAGAUGUUCGUGCUGGGAGACACCACGUAUGGCAGCUGCUGCGUGGAUGAAGUGGCUGCCGAGCACGUGGAUGCCGAGGCAGUGCUGCACUACGGCCCAGCCUGCCUCAGUCCCUGCAGGAAGCUCCCAGUGCUGCACAUCUUCGGGCAGCAGCCCCUGGAUGUGGGGCGCUGCGCAGAGGCGUUCCGGGAGCUCUACCCCGAGCAGCAGAGCUGUGUGGUGGUGCUCAGCGAUGUGGUCUACGCCCACGCCAUGGGUGAGCUGGAGCAGCAAUUGCAUACUGAGUACCCCAAUAUCAUCUUCUCCAGGCUGGUGUGUGGAGACCUUCCUGGCCCCGCAGUUCCUGGCGAGGAACGGAAGUUUGGUCGCCAGUUCCUGGUGGAAGCUGCAGGAGGGCUUCAGGACUAUGCCAUGUUCUAUGUGGGAGCUGAGGGCCUUGCACUCACCAGCUUCAUGCUGACCUGGAACUGCUGUCCUUUCAGCUCCUUCAACCCCGUCACCGGCUGCGGCCGCCGCGAGACCCUCAACGUCAACCGGGCCCUGAUGCGGCGCCUGUACCUGGUGGAGCGUGCCCGGGAUGCCAGUGUGGUGGGCAUCCUGGUGGGCACCCUUGGCGUGGCAGGCUAUCUGACCGUGCUGCAGCACCUCCGGGAGCUGCUGUGCCGGGCUGGCAAGCGCAGCUACACACUGGCCGUGGGGAAGCCCAACCCCGCCAAGCUGGCCAACUUCCUGGAGGUGGACAUCUUUGUCCUGGUGACCUGUGCUCAGAACUCCCUCCUGGACUCCAGUGAUUUCUACCGACCUGUUGUGACCCCCUAUGAGCUGGAGCUAGCCUGCAACCCAGCCCGUGAGUGGACGGGGAACUACCUCACAGACUUCCGAGACCUGCUGCCAGGUGCCUGUGCGCACGUUGAGCUCCCACCGGCUGUUCCUGCAGAGGAGGCUGUUCCCGAUGUCUCCCUGAUCUCAGGGAAGAUGCGGGAUACCCACCUCUGCGGCCCCCCGUCCUCUCAGCUGCCCUCCAGCACCGCCCUGGCCUGCAGGGACCAGACACGGGCGCUCGCAGAGAUCAGCCCCGCAGCCUCCUUCCUGGAGUCCCGCAGCUGGCGGGGCCUGGAGCAGCAGCUGGGACAGACCCCGGUCUCCAAGGCAGUGCAGGGCCGACGAGGGAUUGCCAUUGCCUAUGAGGAUGAAGGAUGUGAGAAACCUUGAUUCAGCAGCACUGGCACCCAGGCAGGAGCGGGGCAGUGUGAGGGCCCUGGCAUUAACAGCACCUUGCUGGAUGUGGCCUUGGGUCAGUAAUACUGCAGUGGGAGAGCAGGAGUUGCAUGUGUGUUCAGGAAUGCCUGUGGCACCCUGAGGCUCAUGGCCAGGAGCAGGAGAGACAGGCACUUGCCUCAGACCCAGUCUCCGAGGGCUCCUUCAUCCAGGGCAGCUUUGUCCCUACAUGAAAGGUCACAACUUUGCAAAAGCUGACAGUGCUGGGACUUGAGGCUUUUGUGGACUACUGCUGCUAACUAAAGCUGAAGAGGAUUUGUGAAUGAACUGGUUUUUAGAAUAAAACAGGGGCUGAGGAGCA